AUGACGCUCCCCGAGACCAUCGAAACCAUCGCCAUCCCGAAGACUGGAGGUAUCAAGCUGUUGGAGAAGGUUACGUUGCCGUUCCCCAAGGUCGAGCCCAACCAUAUUGUGGUGAAGGUUGAGUGGGGAGGUGUCAACUUCAUUGAUACCUACUUCCGUCAAGGCCUCUACCCGCUCAAGUCCUUCCCCGCCCCCAUUGGCAAGGAAGCCACCGGAACCAUCGUCCAACUCCCCACAGACGAGAAAGUCCUCAACGACCCCGCCUUCAAGAAGUUCAACUUCGCAGUCGGUAGCAAAAUCGGCACAGACGCCCUCGGCGCGCACGCCACCUACAUCUCCAUCCCCUGGACCAACGCCUACCCCGUCCCCGAGAGCAUCGACACCAAGCUGGCGGCGGCCGCCCUCCUCCAGGCCCUCACCGCCGUCUCCUUCGUCGAGGAAGCCUACCCCGUACAGAAGGGCGACAUCGUCCUCGUGCACACUGCCGCAGGCGGCCUCGGGCUACUCCUUGUACAGCUGAUCAGGCAUCUGGGCGCGACAGUGAUUGGGACGACGUCGACGGCGGCGAAGGCGGCGAUCGCGAAGGAGCAUGGCGCGGACCAUAUGAUCUUGUACAAGAGCGAGGAUACGCUGCAGAGGGUGCUGGAGAUUACGAAUGGGGAGGGCGUGCAUGCGGUGUUCGAUGGUGUGGGGAAGGAUACCUUCGAGACCUCCCUGGCCGCACUCAGGCGAAAGGGUACCUUGGUCGGCGUGGGCAAUGCGUCUGGCGCUAUCCCGCCCGUUUCCCCCCUUCGUCUCGCUGCCAAGAAUAUCAAGCUGCUUCGUCCGACCAUGAACAACUACGUCUUCACGCCAGAAGAGAAGCUCUACUACACCAACAAGGUCUGGGACUACGUCCAACAGGGCGUCCUCAAGAUCAACAUCUUCAAAGAGUACCCAUUCUCGUCUGAGGGCGUCCGCGAGGCGCAGACGGAGCUGACGACCGGCAAGACCACCGGAAAGUUGUUGAUCAAGAUCGCAGCGUAA